AUGGUGCCCCCGCCGCUCCGCCGCGGCGCUUCGCCCCCGCUGCUCGCCGCGCUCUGCUGCGCAGGCCUCGCGGCGCUCCUGCUCCGCCCAGGCGCCGAGCGCGCCCCCCCGCGAGCGGAGCCCGCGGCGCACGGCGCGCGCGCGGCGCGCCGCCCGCUGCCCGGCGUCCACCUCGAGACGGCGGCGGCGCCGGCUUCCGAGUGUGCGGCCGCCGUGGCGGGGGCGGAGGAGCGGAGCUCGGGGUGGCGGCGCAGCGAGGAGUGCAAGUGCCCCAAGCACACCUUCCUCACGGGGCACGACGUCACGUGCACCGACCUGCUCGACACCUCCGACAUCACGAGGCGCUAUUACUUCACCGCGUCCAGGUACGCGGGGAAGGGGUGCUCCUGCGUGCGCCUGCCGCGUGCCGAGGAGGAGCUGUUCGCGGCGCUCGAGAAGCAGGCCCACAGCAACGUGCUGUACGAGGCCCUCUUCAAGCACACCCUCGAGUAUCUGAGCGCGCUCGAGGGUGAUGGCGGCUCCACGUUCGGCGCCGACCUGACGAGAGGGGGCAAGAAGCCCAUCACAGCCGGGGACCUGCCUUGGACGGAAGCCGGGCGCAUGGCCGUCUAUAACCCGUACAACUUUUGCCCCUUGAAGUCGCACUCGGAGCGGAAAGCCGCAGCGGAGAAGGUUGGGGGCACCAUCUUUAAGAUCGUGCAGGCAUUUAAUGAGUUCAACAUCUGGAUCUGGUCCGACGGCGAAGACCGCUCCAUCAACCCAGCGACCGACGACGAUCUCUUCAGGAAUGGGCCCGUGUUUUUACCAUUCACGCCAACAUGGGACGAGGUGCGCGCUGGUGGGCUCAUGUUCGCACUUCUCCCGACGCUCAUCCUCACAGAUGGGGGCAAUCGCACCACCUGGUUCAACAACGCGGCUUGGAAGACAUGCUGGGAGCCGAAUCCCCUGGCGUCCGGCCCCAUGAUCUUCAAAUACCCCCAGGUCCAGGCCAGCCUCCACGAUCCGGGGCAGAGGCGCGGCUACUACACAGCGACCGCGCCCCAGCACCCGGAUUUCUUCCACCCCGAGGGCCCCCUCUUCAUCGACGGCGACAGGCACAGGAGCUUCCGCCGCCUCCUCGAGCUCGCGGGCUUUGCGCGGCGCUACCCCGUCGACGCUGGCCUCGUGCGCGCGAUCCCAGCCCCAGGGGGCGAAGCGCCGAGCGAGGCCGACGUGGCCGCGGCCGUGGGGCCGCUUGUCAUGAAGGGCAUCUGGGGCGCGGAGCCAACGCCGGAGGCCAGGGAGGCCAUGGGAACUUACGCGCGGUUCGGGAAGUACGCGAUCUUCGGCAAGGAGAUCCACCGCUUUGCCCUGGGUCCCACCGGGAUCGCGGAUACAAUCAAGGAAGCCAGCGGAGGCGUGACGGCCUGGGCGACGACGACACCGUUUCGCGACCUCUUGCGAAAGGCCGUCGAGGUGCACGGGCCGGCCAACCCUUGGUUCUUGAAGGAGGACCGGGUAUUGGACGACCUCACCCUCGCAACCCUCUUUGCGGGCCUGGUGGGCACCACCGACAUGACGAUGAAGUGCAUCCUGUACCAGCAGCGGGAUCAGGCCCACGUGACCAUGUUCAAGGAAGACCCGGAGAAGUACCUCAUCGAGCUGAUGCGCUACGACUCGGCCGUGACUUCCGUGACGGAGCUUCUCCGCAAGGACCAGGCCAUGAAUCUCGAGGGCCGGAACAUCACGCUGAAGCAGGGCUCACCCGUUCAGCUCGUCCUUGCCAGCGCCAACCGGGAUCCGACACAUUGGAUGCGCGCGGACGACUUCGAUCCCUCGCGUCCUGACCUCAAGGACACGCUCUCGUGGAACGGGCGCGUGGAGGACGUGGAGGCGCGCUCCUUGGAGCGCGCUCCGCGCCACUGCCCAGGGCACUGCCUCUCCCUGAAAGUGGCCGCGGCCGUCUGCGCAAAGAUGAUGGGCUCUUUUGACGAGCUCGAGAGGGAGGGCAAGGUGUUGCACCGAAACGGAGAGGUGAAGUGCAACAACUUCAACGAGGCGGACGAGCCUCCGCUGUGGAACCCACCUGCCGACCUGGCCGUGCCAAAACCAUACGUACCAGACCUCUCCCAGGGGGAGGUCCUCAUCAAGGAGCACGUGGAGUGCGACAGCAGGGACUUGUACAUCGCUUCCUUCAAGACGGUCUCGGAGUGCGCGCGGGCCGUGAAGUCAGCUGGCGGAAAGGCACGGUCGUGGAUUUCAUAUACGGCAGGGGCUUCCUCAAGGGUGGCUGGUGCUAUAUGGAGUACACACCGUCGCCGCACUGCAGCGAGGGCUUCAAUGAAGAUUGGUACGACUUCUACGACAUUCCAGAGGUGCCCCUGGAAGAGUCAUUGCGGGUCGACGCCGAUCUCUUGCAGUGGUCUUUCGCGGACCAGGGUCAGGGGACCGAAUCCGUCACUGGCACGCUCGGCAGUGCCCAGUUCCAGAGUCAGGCAUUGGUGGUUGGGAAGCGGGUCAGCACGGAAGACUCGAAUUGGCUCUUCUCCAAAGAGCAGACCUGCUCGUACGAGUACCAGCUCGCUGCCAGGGAGGGCAGAGUGUAUGUGGACACUUACAAAGGCUGCUGCGACGCGGAAGCAGGCGACUGCACCCCAACAGAGCUUACCAAGCACGACACCCAGAAGCUCAAGAAGGGCAAAUCAACUUGGACGUUCUGCAAAAAAUCAGAGGACACCCGGUUCGAGGUCGCGAGCUUCGCUGGAGUCGCCGCGCCGACUGGCAAGCCUUGCUUGGAGAUAG